AUGGCGAAGUCUCUUGCCUGGGAGAUUCAGGCUGGUGAGGCCCAGUGUAGAGCCAGCCAGUGCAGGCCAAUUAAUGUACUGGAGGUGGAGGCUACCCAAGCCCUGAACCAGAAACCCUUACCUGAGAAGGUUCAAGUUGCAGAGGAGGAAGCGAGUGAGAUCCUCCAUACCCGUCCAUGCUGGUCCAAUAAGGUUGAGUACAUCCUGACUCAGGUGGGCUGCUCCAUGAAGAUAAGCAGUUUCUGGCGUUUCUUCCUCCUGUGGCUUCACAAUGGAGGUUUUAAUUUUCUCAUCAUCUACAUGCUCAUGCUGUUCUUGGUCGGGGUUCCUCUUCUAUUCCUGGAGAUGGCAGCUGGUCAGAGGAUGCGUCAGGGCAGCAUUGGUGUAUGGAAGGUCAUCAGCCCCUGGAUUGGUGGUGUGGGGUAUACCAGCUUCAUGGUGUGCUUCAUCACCAGCUUGUACUUGAAUGUGGUCAAUGCCUGGACCCUCUUCUACUUGGGCCAGUCUUUCCACUUUCCAGUUCCAUGGGAAAAAUGUCCCUUAUUGGAGAACUCCAGUGACUUUGAUCCCGAAUGUGCACGGACGUCACCCUCCAUGUACUUCUGGUACCGGCUGACCUUGAAGGCCUCAGACAGAAUUGAGGAUGGUGGGUCACCAGUCUUCAGUCUGAACCUGCCGUUAUUGGUGUCCUGGUGUCCUAUUGGUGCUUUCAUGAUUAAUGGGCUCAAGUCCACUGGGAAGGUAAGUAUUUCACCAAUCCUGCUGCCAGCCCCCUAUUUCAUCCUUCUCUGUUUCCUCUUCCGGAGUCUACUGCUGGAAGGGGCAGCAUUUGGCUUUCAACAUUUGUUGCUUUCCAAGAUACCAGCUACGUACAACAUGAACGUAUGGUGUCAAGCAGGAAAUCAAGUCUUGUUUGCCUUGGGUCUAGGCUUUGGCCCUAUUGUCUCCUUAUCCUUGCCCAUGUACCCAGCCACCAACUGUCUCAGUGAUGCCUUUGUUGUGGCUCUGGUCAACCUGUUCACCAUGCUGCUGGUCACAUCUUUUUCCUUCUGUAUCCUGGGCUUCUGGGCUACAAUCAUCACACACUGCUGCAAUAAGACAAUAAACCUGGGCAUAUACAUGGGCAUAUGUCUGGUAACCCUGGGGAAACUGCCUGUUGAGGCCCAAUCCCUUCCAAACCUGGUUGAUAACCCGACCUCCAUCUUCAACUUCUGGCUCAGCAGCCUUCCCCAUCCCAUCAAGAACAUGGUCGUCAGCUACGUGACUGAAUGCAACUUAGAGAAGCAGUUUUUGAAGGUUAAGGCGGGCCCAAGCUUUGCACUCGUGGCCUUCAUUGAAACCAUGUCAUUCAUUCCUGGGUCUGUCUUCUGGUCCAUCCUCUUCUUCCUGCUUUUGCUGACAUUGGGGCUGAGCAGCAUGAUAGGGAUCAUGCAGGGCAUCCUUACCCCACUCCAGGACACCUUUUCUUCUUCCAGGGAAUAUUCAAAGCUGCUUACAGUGGUUGUCUUUGUGCUCAUGUUCCUGUGUGGCCUCUUCUUCACUCGACCUUCAGGCAUCUACUGCAUCAGACUGCUGAGUGAAUACUGGACGGUCCUCCCCAUAACCAUCAUCAUCAUACUUGAAAACAUAGCUGUGGGCUUGGCCUAUGGGGCCAGGAGGUUCCUUGAAGACUUGGCGAUCAUGUGGGGACCCCCAACUUCUCCCAUCAUUCGUUGGCUGUGGGCUUUUCUGUCUCCAGUUGUGCUGCUAGCCCUGUUUGUGAUUACUCUGAUUCAUCUCUCUCUGAAGACCAUCACCUAUGUGGCCUGGGACUCAAACAGUUCAAAAGAGGUGCUUCGACAAUACCCAUCAUGGGGGCUGCUUGCGAUGAUUGCCCUUUUUCUCAUUGUCAUCCUCCCCAUCCCCACAUACUUUGUAUACUGCCUCACCCAAAGGAUUUCCUUUAGCUCCACAAGCCAGGGCAAGCCUGUGACAUCCUCCAAGUCCUUACCCUUAAUCCAGCCAACACCCAUUAAAGAGGUCCAAAAGGAAGAAAUCCUGUAAGGUGAUAAUCAAGUUGCUGGUCAACCUGUUGUGUGAUUGCCUGACUUCAUUCAUUUGACAUCACACAUUCCUCGAAACAGCAUAAUAGGCAACUCUUAAUACCAAUUUUCAACUGUUGAUGUCCCCAGACUCAAACU